CAAAAAAAUUCUCUUUCAUUUUGAUUUAUUCCUUUCGUGUCCCAUCCUCAACACCCCCACCCCAUAACCCCCCCCCCCCCGCUCUAAUUCUAAACCUAAAAUUAUUGUUCUCCGAAUUGGAGAAUCUGAGUUCCUAACGUAAAAUUUGAGAAGUUGCCUAUCUUUCUGAGUUUCAUUGCUUCGGUCAGCGUUGUGUUCGAUCUCGCUUCUUACGAACUCAAGUGACAGCUCGUAUAAGAGGUCAGAUAAGAAAAACAAGAGAAUAUGUUUCCCCAAUAAUACUUCAAAGUUAAAACACCAACGAGUCCGUAGACACUAGAGAGCCGACAAAACUGGAAGUAAGGCUUGGUAAUCUUCCUCCCAAAAAACUCAAGGAUUUGCUGACCUCUGUGGCUCUGCUGCUUAAAGCAGAGAUUCUACAGAAUUGGUGAUGACGAAGGAACCAACUUCUAGAAGAGACAAAGAAUCUUAUAACAAUAUGAACAAAAAUAGAUAUAGUAGUAUGAGAUGUCCACAUUGCGCCGGUCCUCUUUCUAAGGAGAUGGAGACAAGCGAGUGGACAGUUGCGCCUCUAAUCCGGGAUAGCUUUUCUAUGAUUGGUUCCGCAGUUGGUGGUACUACAAGUGCAUUCUAUGGCUUCAACCAUAUGAUGCCGAUUGUUAGAAGGUGGAUUAAAGGACCUAUGUGGUUGCAUUUCCUUGUUGGUGCCCCUCCUGUGAUUGUUUUCUCAUCUGCAUGUGCAGGGCUAGCAGGUGGUGCUGUUCCAGCAUUUGCACAGCUAGCAUCUUCUUCUUACCAUGCUGCUAUCUCAUCUUCCACGUUACCGCCUACAGCCUCACAAGAUGAGAACAUGAGAAAAUCUAGAACUUCUUCAACUUUGUAGCUUAAACACUGAGAGGAGAUGCUUUUACUAUCAGGAAUCUUGUGAUCAUAUCUUAGUUGACGACAGUCUGUCCUCUCCUGUUUACUAGCUCUGGUUGUGUUUAAGAUGUCUGCUUCUGUCUUGUAGAAUUAGUCAAGUUACAUGCAAGCUGGUCAUACAUCGGUUAUCCAAAAAAAAAGAAAAAGUGAUGUCUGCUUGUGUCUAGUGUUUUUUUUUUUUUGCCGGUUGAGAAUAUAUUACUUGUCCAUGUAAUGAGUUAGUUUAUUUUGUAAAUUCCAACCUUAAUAUUUCAGUGAUGGUAGAAAUUUUACACAGUUGUUUUGAGGAA